CCCGCAAAGAAGCUUUUCACCUUAAUAUAAUCGCAGAGGCGCCAGGAGCUCCAAGUGACCUGGCAUUUUUUCGAGAUAUGGCCUGGGAAACGAAUCGUAUCUGUUAGCAUAAGACAGACCAUAUAGCAAUAUUUACAUAGUACAUAUUUAUUCCUUUUUUUCAUGUCCAAAAAUGAGUGAGGACGAGAAAAAUUGUGAAUUUCACCCAGGGGUAGCAUAGACCGGCUGAACAGGAGGGGGUCCAAGAACGGACCCUUGAGGGACCCCAUAGGCCAAAACGACUCUUUUUCUCCAUGUCCUAAUCUGCAUACCUUGAUCGUGAUUUUUGUCGACACUUCGUAUGGUACUUGCAUUUUUUUGGGGGCCAUUUAAUUCUUGUUCAUUCGAUUGACUUGGAAUUGUUUUAUUUUGUUAGUUUUGGCUGGAUUACAGCGGCAGGAAGGAGGGGAUUUCCUGCCACUCUUCUCCCUCUUAUCAUGCAAGUGAGAAGGACUGGCGUAUUUCUACUUUGUUUAUCGCUCGGGGGCGAAUGGAGGGAUUUUGUUUCAAGUUGUCAAACAUUUCCUCAGGAAGUUCUGGAGUAAAUCAUCAUAAAUAUCCUUCGCGGUUGACUGGGCCGCAGCCCGUCAGGAAAACAAUUCAGUUUUAUGUCCUCCCAGGACAAGACAGACUCGCCGCAGGUGAAUUCCGCAGAGACGGCGAAUCCCGCAGACCAGGUGGUGAGUUCCGCGGAGGACCGGAACCCCGGCGAGAACGGCUCGGGCGGAGACAGGGCCGGCGCGCCAGAAGCUGCAAAAAGACCAGAUCCGCACAGCGUCGCCCCCGGGUACGGAUGUCCUUUGAAAAACGUCCCACCUGAGAAGUUCAACAGCACAGCCGUACCAAAGUCUUACCACUCGCCAUGGGACCUGGUUCUGGUCAGGGACCCGGUCUUGAGUGACCCCCUCGCCGCCUGCGCGUCCGAAAAGGAACCACCACCGACGCAACUGCCGGGCUACAGAAGCUUCAACAGAGUGGCAAUCCCAUUCGGCGGUUUCUCCGAAGCCACCUUCCAGACCCCGAAGGCGGACUUUGCCCUGCCGGACUACCCCGAGCUCAGAGAGGACGCCGUCACUCGUCGCCCCUCCUUCAACAGGGCCGCUCUGGGGUGGCGGUCUCCAGGCGCUUUGGUCCCCCUGCGCGCCGCACUCGCCCCUGAGUCAGAUGACCUUUGAACCUGUUCAGAAUAAUAAAAGUGAGGUACAUGAACCUGUUGGGUUAGUCACAAAAAAAGCUUAAAUCCAUAAUAAUGUGCCGAGGUACUGUUUUUGCCCAUUAAAAUUG